GCCAGACUCCACUAUUCUUUAAACUGCUAAAGCAGAUAUGGCAACAAAUUUGCAGAUGUGGCUGCUGCAUGAAUUUGUACAAUCAGCUAUUUUUUCCCAAUGGAUUUGUUUUGACUAUGGUGUGAUAUGCUUGUUUAUUCCUUAGUUUUUUGUUGAAUAAUAUCAGAAUUCAGAUGAAUUUAGAAAUUAAAGGAGUUGCUGCAUCUCCAAAAGGAGAACCACCACUGUCUGCCAGAAAAAAGAAACUUGGUCAACAAUGGAAGCCACGCUCAAAAUCAACCCAUGGUCCCCGACCGGCAGAAGUUCCGUGCCUUGACUUGGGGAAACUGGGAGAUUCUGAAGAUGAGGAUGGAGAUUUUUGUUCCCCGUACAGUAAUAGGCACUCUCAUAUUGGUCCUCCAUAUUCAUCUUCAACUGCUGGCUGGGGUAAUCCAUUGCAAAGUCCCUCUGCCCAGCAUUAUGAUAUUCAACAGACAGCAAGAAUAACUGGUCAGAAGAAAAAUGAGCUUUCACUGUGGGAGCAAAAUAUAGUUCCAGAAAAUUUGCCUCUCCCUGCUGAUUCUUACAGAUUGAAGUAUCAGCAAUAUGAAGCAGAAAUGAAAGAAGGAUAUAAACAAUAUUCUCAGAGAGCAACAGAAAAGAAAGCAAACAGCCAUUCUCAUGUAUUACCAGUAAAAAUUACUGAGCAAAAGGAUUUACAGCCUGAAAAUCACAUGGUUGGUGAAUUGACAGCCCUUGAUGAAAAAGCCCAAUUGCAACAGGGCUAUAUGAACAAACCAUACGUAAUGAAGCAGAGCCUAAGGAAACUGGAAGCAGAGGAUGUUGUAGCAGAGAGAAAAACACAAACUGUAGUAGAACAAAUAAUGCUAGAUCAGUUAUGUAGAGCUGUAAUAAGUGACCCAGAACAAAAUGGAAAUACUGGUAGCUAUGAGAAGGAUCCUUCCCUUCCUGGGUUAAGGACAGCACCUCUGCGCUUUAGGAGACGAACAUUACAUGAAACUAAAAUAGUGACUAGGUCAGCAUUGACUGAACAUAUGCUUUCUAACAAGCUACGUUUUGAUGGUAGAUUAAUAUCAAGAAAUGGACGUGAUGCUUGUCGAGAACUGAUUGGAUUUUUCUUUGCAUGUGAUAAGUCUCUAACUGUAUAUGAGUAUCGCCUAUUUGGUAAAAAUAGGACAAAUGCUCUGCCCUUUAUUCAGAAGGGAAUUUAUGAGCAUCAGCGUGGACAAAGAAAAGGAAAACAAUACAGUCUUAAUGACUUCUGUGUUGGAGCAAAUCUGACUUUUUUGAGCCUUCAUCAUCCUGGCCUUCCAGAAAGUAUUAAACAAAAACCAGUAUUUACAAUCCGUGUUACAAAUAUUGAUGAAACUGCUAAAGCUUUUCUAAAGGUUAUAGGCACGGAAACUGAAGAACAUUGUUUCAAGCAGGGUGAUGAUGUCAAGAGAAUUUUUCAAAAUGUUCAAGAUAAGCUCAAAGAAAAAUUAAGUAAAAGAGGAAUUCGUAUUAUGACAGGAUUAGGAAAGUACUUCAGAGAACUGGAAAAAAACCAAAAUGGAAUCCUUACCAAAGCAAACUUCAAGCACUCGCUAAAAGUGUUUCAUUUAGAAGUGCCUGAAGAGGACUUUGAAUCUUUGUGGUUAAUACUUAAUGAUCAUAAUGAUGGAAUUGAUUACUUUGAAUUUACCCGUGCCAUCCUUGGAGAAAUGAAUGAAUACAGAAAAGCAUUUGUCCGAAAAGCAUAUAUGAAACUGGAUUACAACAGAACUGGAAGUGUACCUAUGGUAGAUAUCCAGAAAUGUUAUUGUGCUAGAAGACAUCCUCAAGUGCUAUCAGGUUCAGAGGAAGACAUUAAACCUUUUUUAGAAACACUGGUGAAUGUCUGCAUCAAUCCUAAUGAAGUCUUAUUCUGUGAGUUUGAGGAUUAUUAUGAAGGAUUAAGUAUUGGAAUGAUAGAUGAUGAAGAGUUUGUUAAUAUUUUGAGGAAUUCCUGGGGAAUUUAGAAAAUAUAAUAUUUACAUAGUAGUGGUUUUCACAAACGAGGGGAGCACAGACUCCUGAACCCUGUAUUUACCUAUUUUUCUAUGUAUAUCUCCAUCCGGUCAGCAAGAGUUCUCAACUGAUCUCUGAAACCCUUUCCCCCUUCCCCCAGCAUAUUUCUGCAGAUGUUCUUGGGUAUGGCUGAUAUGUGGGAUGAAAAGUUUGGUCUGUCAUGGAUAUAGCAUUGAAAAAUUAAAAAUGAUAACAUACAGUGAUUACUGUGAUUCGUUUCUGGCAUAUCAGUGUUAGAAUUCUUUAAACAAUUUGGAAAUGCUUCUAACCGAGAAUACACAUGCACUGAGAAACAGAUACCACAGUAAUUCCCCAUAAGUCUCUGUCAAUCCAUACUAGAUAUGAUUACAUCUUUCAGUGACUCUUCUGGUAAAUGCCAUGUGUUUUAACUUCAACAAUAACCAAUAGAACAAAAAAAUAUUUACAGUCCAGGAAUUAGGACAUUUUAGAAGUUGGCUUUGUUGUUAACCUCAGGUAUUGAGUAGCUAGAACAUCAGAAAGCCUAAUCUUGGAAAAUGGGUAAAUUUUUAUUUUAUACACAUCAUUGUGAUUUUUAAAAAAUUAUUCAUUAAAAAACAGAAAAAAAGACAAGGGGGAAAAAAGCACAAAAUCCAGAAACUAAAUACAUUUUUUAAAAAGUCAUUAUGACUUUUUUUAAAAAAAGGUAGCAUCUGCUUAUUUUAAAAAAAUUCAUCUGGAUAAUCCUGCUGAAGUUUUGCCUAUUGUAUUUCAUUUGAUUGCAAAAAUAUUUGCAGAGGAUACAGUGAUUUAAUUAUUAUUUUUUAAACUUAGAAAACAUGCAGGUGUCCUAAUUUUACAAGUUAUGCUAUAACUUGUGAUUAACAAAAUAUGUAGUCUUCAGAUUUUUCAUUUCAAUAAUGUUUCAUUAAUUUUGAUAUUUUUGAUGCAAGAAUUUUGAUCAAAACUUAUCAGAACUUGUUGAUUUAUUGUCAAAAAGCUUUUAUUUCAUUAUAAAUGAUUGAUGAUUAAAUUAAUUUUAAAUAAAAUAAAUAUUCUAUAUUUAUUGAGUGCAAUUUUUUAUAAGUAGCUUGAUUGUUAUUGUAAAAAUAUGUAAAUUACACUUAAGUCUUUUCAAACCAGUCUGUAAUUUUUGGUUUUGUGCUAUUAAACGAUGGGCUUUUGUGCAGUUA